ACAACCACGAAAAAAUCACAUUUUGCACUCUGUUUGUAGACGUUGUCUUCUCCAAGUAACCUCCUUCAUUUCCUUCUUUAACACUAUUCAGUGCUCUUCAAUCUUCUCUCUCGAAAAUAUUACUAGUGGGUUUACCAUUUUUUGGAUAUAGAAGUUGCUCAUCAGAACAUUUUCCUAAACUGACACUGCUAGAAUUUGCUCCCAGACAAUGGCCAGCACCACCAAUUUAGAUCAAACUGCUCCUCAUAUAGCUCUCUUUCCGACUGCCGGAGUGGGCCAUUUGAUGCCAUUCCUUCGCUUAGCCGCCAUGCUAGCGACCCGCAACUGCAGGAUAACUCUCAUCACCGCUCAGCCAACAGUUUCAGCAGCCGAAUCAGAUGAAUUGGCAUGCUUUUUCGCCAACCACGAAAAUAUCAAAGGCCUCCAAUUUCAACUCCUUCCCUACAACCCAUCCACCGACAUCGAUCCUUUCUUCGCUCAAUUCAUAUCUAUUAGCAACUCAGUUCAUCAUCUCCAUCCACUCCUAUCUAACAUAUCCCCUCCUCUUUCUGCCAUUAUCGCGGAUUUUACUAUAGCGAGCAGUGUCUGUAAAGUUGCUACCGAUCUUUCCAUUCCCACUUAUAUACUCAUCACUACUUCUGCUAGAUUUCUCUCUCUCAUGGCCUGCCAUUCUCAGCUAGUCAAAAACAAUCCCAAAAAUAGUGGCGAUGAAGGCAUAGACUGCAUAAAACUUCCAGCUGGUUUAGCUCCAAUGCCACUGUCAAGUAUUCCUCCCCCAUUCUUUAACCCAAAUCACUACUUCUCAACCAUUUUAAGUUCAAAUUCUACAUCUUUUUCAAAAGUGAAUGGCAUACUGGUGAACACCUUUGAUUGGUUCGAGUCAGAAACAAUUGAGGUUCUGAAUAGUGGAAGAGUAGUGCACGAUCUAGCACCCAUUCUCCCGGUCGGACCUCUUGAGUCUUUUAAGGUUGGACAGGCCACUAAUCUUCCAUGGCUGGACAAUCAACCAGCAAAGUCCGUACUCUUCAUUAGCUUCGGAAGUCGGACAGCUUUAUCAAAAGAUCAGUUAAGAGAAUUGGGCACUGGACUUGAAAAAGCUGGGCGCAGAUUCUUGUGGAUAUUGAAAGGCAGCGAAGUUGAUAAACAAGACAAGGAAGAAAUUGAGGAUAUACUAGGCAAAUUAUUUCUUGAAAGAACAAAGAAUAAGGGACUGGUUAUUAAGGGGUGGGUCAACCAGGACCAGAUUUUAGCACAUCCAGCAAUUGGAGGAUUCUUGAGCCAUUGCGGGUGGAACUCGGUAAUGGAAGCAGCCAGACUAGGGGUGCCCAUAUUAGCUUGGCCACAGCACGGGGACCAAAGGGUUAAUGCACAGGUGGUGGAAAAUGCCGGCUUGGGGUUGUGGGCUAGGGAUUGGUUUUGGGAGAAAAUGUUGGUUAAAGGAGAAGAAAUAGCGGAGAAAAUCAGAAAGAUUAUGCAAGGCGAAAAUUUGGUCAAGGCAAGUGAGGUGGAGGAAAAAGCUCGACAGGCUUAUGGAAUUGGUGGGAGUUCAGAAAAGGUAAUUCAGGGCACCAUUGAAGCAUUGAAGAAGAAGAAAUAAGCUCGCCUUAGUUUAAAGAUAUUGUAAUAAAAUUUUAUGAUAUUCUCUGUGAUACUUCCAUUAAAAUCAUUCGAAAUUGUUCGGUUGCACUUUAACUUGGUCUCAAUUAAACAAUAUUCAGGAUAAUUUGAUUACAUGAGAUAGUUGUAGACAAUUGUUUUCUAAGAAUGCAAGAUGAAGGUUUGAUGGA